AUGCUCACCUGGCCCUGCAUGGCAACAGGCAAUGGAGCUCUAGGUCCCUUCGGGAGCGGACCCACGCCUGGUUUGAGAGGCAACGGGUGGCAGAGGAGGGAGGGCAAACUGGCAGCCCCUGGCAACCUGGGGCUGACGGCAGGAGGCUGGGCGCACCGUGGAUUUCCCUCCACCAGCAGGAUGGUGAACCUGGAGUCUGUGCAUGCAGCUGUCCCUGAAGGAGAGCGUGGCCCCGGUUGUGGUGGCAACCAUCACUUCAAGGAGAUCAAGAUGAGCGGUGAUGCGGCAGAUUCCACAGAUACUCGGCACGAACCCGACCAGGUGGAGCCAGGAAGUGAACAGAAUGGGCUGGACUUUAACAGGCAGAUUAAAACCGAAGACCUCAGCGACUCCUUGCAAUCUACAAUCCCCUCCAGGUCAGGUCACCUUGUUCAGGGAUCAUCAAUGAUGCCUGGAAGCCAAAUCGCGGGGGAUAUGAGCUCUCUUCACACCCUGCAGCAGCUUGUGUUGCUUCCUGGUCAUAUGCAGUCAGUUCCCCAGUUUCUUCUGUCUCAGUCUCAGGCCGGGCAACAAGCUUUGCAGCCAAACAUCCUCUCCUUCCCUCAGCAACAGGGCAGCCUUCUCCUCUCCCAGCCGGGACCCAGCCUGGCAUCACAGGCUGUGGGCCGGUCUGGACUCCCUGGAUCGUCAGUUGAACCCCACCUGGACGUACCACAGCAUUUGCAAGUGGCAAAGCACCUAACUCCAUCAGGAGCAUCUGAGGAACCCAGUGACCUGGAGGAGCUAGAAAAGUUUGCUAAGACUUUCAAACAAAGGCGAAUCAAAUUGGGGUUCACGCAGGGUGACGUUGGACUUGCCAUGGGGAAGCUCUAUGGCAAUGAUUUCAGCCAGACCACGAUUUCCCGCUUUGAGGCUCUCAACCUGAGCUUUAAGAAUAUGUGCAAGCUCAAACCCCUGCUGGAGAAGUGGCUGAGUGACGCAGAAUCGGCUCCUUUGGAUUCUUCCAUGAGCACUCCCAAUUCCUACCCCUCAGUGAAUGAGAUGUUUGGACGGAAAAGAAAGAAGCGAACCAGCAUUGAGACCAACAUUCGCUCCACGCUGGAGAAAAGAUUUCAAGAUAACCCCAAGCCCAGUUCAGAAGAGAUAUCCUUGAUAGCAGAGCAGCUGUCCAUGGAAAAGGAGGUGGUUCGGGUCUGGUUCUGCAACCGGCGCCAGAAGGAAAAACGGAUCAGCUGCCCAAUGCCAUCCCCCAUCAAAUCACCUAUCUACAAUUCCAGACUGGUCUCUACCUCAGGGUCCUUGGGGCCCCUCUCCGUCAACCCGGUUCAUAGCACCAUGCCUGGGACUGUAACAUCAUCGUGUUCCCCAGGGAACUCCAGCAGGCCCUCGUCCCCUGGCAGUGCGCUCCAUGCCAGCAGCCCCGGCACAGCCCAGAGCAACUCUAAAGCUGCAAUGAACUCAUCUGGUUUCAACUCUUCAGGAUCGUGGUACCGAUGGAAUCAACCUACCUACCUCCACUGAGAUGACUCCUCCAUCAUGUGUAAAAGGAGCUCUGACUUCUAGCUAUGGACCAACUUCUCUAGGAACAAUGCUUGGGGCAACAUCUGGUGUUCCAGUGCCUUCAAAAUGCUGCCAAAUGAAGGUCUUGUUUAAGGAAACCCAUAGCAGCAGAAAUCUCCAGGGACUCAAACUGCAGCUGACCUUCCCCAAGGAUUCUCAAUGCCAACAGUGACAUUAUAAUACUCUUCCAGGCAUUCACUUCAAGAAUGAGCCCUUGCUUAUCACUCUUAGCAUGAAACACUGCCCUCUGCUUGCAAAUCUCUG